UCCAGGCAUAUAUACAGGCCUGUCAGUUACUGGGCACUCACACCAGCUCACUCUAGGAAAGACACAAGGAAACAAGCUCACUGAUACAGUCAGUUUUAGAAGCUAAAAAGGAGUCAUGAAGGCAUUCCUGGUUCUUGUAGUUGCUGUUUUUUCUGGUUGCCAUGCCAAUCUUAUGUGGCAGGACCAGCCCAUCUCCAAUAUGGACACGAUGAAGAAUGCAUUCUGGGAUUAUGUUGCCAAGGCGACACUCACCACCGAGGAAGUCUUGCAGAAGAUAAGGCAGUCAGAACUUGGCCAGGACAUAAAUGCCAGGAUUGCUGAAAGUACUGGUGCCAUUGACCAGUACACUGUAGCUGUUCGUGGUCAGGUGACCCCUUUGACUCAGGACCUGCUGGCCAAGCUAUCCCAGGAGGCCGAGCAACUGAAAGCCCAUGUGGAGAAGGACCUGAGUGCCAUGAAAAGCCAGCUGGAGCCCUACGCUGAGGAGCUGAGGCUGGACCUCCAACAGCGGGUGGAGGAUCUGAAGAGGGAUGUGAUCACCUACGCUGAGGCUCUGGACUCAGAGGCCCUGAAGGCCACGCUGCUGCAGAAGACUGAAGAGCUGAAGGGAAGCCUGGAGAAGAGCCUGACUGACCUGCAGUCCCAGCUGGGCCCCCACACAGACCAGCUGAAACAGAGAGUGGACCAGCAUCUGCAGGACUUCCAGAAGAACAUCGCUCCCCUGGCCCACAGCUUCCAACUGCAGCUGGCUCAGAAGAGCCAGGAGGUCCAGCAGAAUCUGGCUCCCUACGCAGAGGAGCUGAAGGGAAAACUGGAUCCCUUAGCUCAGGACCUGAAGACCCAGCUCACCACAUUGUGGGAUUCCUUCACCAAGAACCGCCAGUAAGAACAGUGUCCCAGAUCUGACCAUUGCCAGCAGAUAUUUAUUUUAUUCUAACCUAAGAGACUCACUGGCUCAACAUCAGCUGAACAUUAAAGACGAUCCCUAUCAGACCUCUGCCAACCAGAUGUUACUCUUGAUGAUCACUCUUUGAGAUUGUUAUACUAGAGAUGACAGUGACAGAGAAGAGGAUGGUAAUAGUUUCAAAAUAUAUUUAAACAAUACGUGUGCCACAAGAAUUGUCACAGUUUAAGUCAGAUCGUACACCUUGGUCGACACUCCUCUACCACGCCCAAUCGCUAUGACGUCUUCAUUUGAAACUAAAAUUUCAGUUGACAUGGAUUCACUGUGACCUUCCCUCAACGUCAGCAUCAAAUUAGCUCCCAUUUAAAAUAUGGAUGUGAAUACUCUGUAUUUGAUGUCGAAAUGUCAGAUACAGAAGGAAUAAUAUUAAGAUGAAGUUUGAUGACGCGUAAUGGCUCCACUCUACUCGCGUUAGCUUCAGGCACUGAAAAUAUUAAGCCUUCCCGGUUGACUCUUUUUGUUGUAUUUAUUUAUUAAAUUGUCAUAUAGGCUUCAAAUGUUUCAUUUUAAAAGAAUGACAAAAUAAAUGAUUUCAUUUG